UUACGCCUAUCCGAGCGCAGUCAACAGUAGCGCCACUGUCAAAGUCUGGAUUCCGCCCGUGUCUUCAUGAAGGUGGAACGGAGGGAAAACUUCUAAUCAAAACCAUUUUUGCGGAUUAAAUCUCUUCAUUCCUCAAAUGUAGCUGGCUGGCGCUUCCAGCAGCCGUCCGAUGGACUUGCACACUCGCUGCGAUAUAAUGCCGCUGUCCUGACCGGCGAUCAUGGAGAAGCCCACAUGCGGUGGAUUAUACCUGUUCUACUUGAUCUCUCUCCUGCUACUCUCGGAGUAUCCCCUGUGCUGCCGAGGAAGUUGGAUGUGGCUGGGCAUAACGUCGGUGGGAUUACCGGAGAAAAUGAGCUGCACCAAUUUGCCCCUGUCCAACAAACAGAAAGAGAUAUGCAAGAAAAAGCCGUACCUCCUGCCCAGCAUAAAGGACGGCGCGCGUCUGGGCAUCGCCGAAUGCCAGAGCCAGUUCAAGCACGAGCGAUGGAACUGCUCCACUACCAAAGAUCUGUCGGUAUUCGGCUACGAGUCAAACAGUGGCACUAAGGAGACGGCGUUCAUCUACGCGGUGAUGGCGGCGGGCUUGGUGCACGCGGUGACGCGCUCGUGCAGCGCGGGCAACAUGACGGAGUGCUCGUGCGACCUGGGCCUGCAGGGCAGCGGCUCUGCCAGCGAGGGCUGGCACUGGGGCGGCUGCUCCGACGACAUCCAGUACGGCACCUGGUUCAGCCGCCGCUUCCUGGACCUCGCGGCCGCCACGGGCACCAACGCCUCCACCACCACCACCGCCGCCACCGGCGAGGAACGGGUCAUCGCCAUGAACCAGCACAACAGCGAGGCCGGACGACAGGCGAUCGCUAAGACGAUGUCCACAGACUGCCGUUGCCAUGGCGUGUCCGGUUCGUGUGCGGUCAAGACGUGCUGGCGCACCAUGGCCCCGUUUGAGCGCGUGGGCCGCUACCUGAAGGAACGCUACGAGACCAGCGUCCAGGUUCUAGAACGCACUGUCCCCGGGGGGCCCAGUGGCGGCUCGCCGACCUCAGCCAGCAGCGGGGUCGGAAAGAUGCUGCCCCGCAAAGUCCGGCGGCGCGAGAAGAGCCGGCGUCGCGUGCCGGUCGGUCGGGAGGAGCUGGUCUUCCUCCACAAGUCGCCCAACUACUGCCUUGAGGACCGCAAGCUGGGCGUGGCGGGGACGCGGGGCCGGCGGUGCAACCGGACGUCGGGCGGCGCGGACGGCUGCGGCCUGCUCUGCUGCGGACGCGGCUACAACACGCACGUGGUGCGGCACGUGGAACGCUGCGACUGCAAGUUUGUCUGGUGCUGCUACGUGCGCUGCCGCCGCUGUGAGAGCAUGAACGACAUGCACACCUGCAAAUAGCGCGUGUGUGUGUGUGUGUGUGUGU